CUACCCACGAAUCUAUUAACUUUGCAUUGAGAAGAGCUCUGUUAGCCAACCAUGGCUCAAACUGGGAAAUCCUAUUCUGCUCCAUGGGUUUCAAAGAUCUAUUUCAUCUGCGAGCAUCGGUAGGCAAACCUAACCUGCGCCAGCGAGCUCGUGUGGGUGGUUUAGCACUCACUUCCUAGUGGCUGAAUGGCUGGAUAUCUGGUUUUUGUUGAAGCCGGGACUCUUCUAACAAAACAUGGGGAAUGGAAUAUGGCCAGUAACUUUCUACGUAUCUGUUUUCUGUGCUGCGUCACUGUCGUUUGCAGAAGACUUCAAACUUGCAGUGAUACUCCCUGAAGAUCCGCAGUACCUGUGGUCACUGCCGAUGGUGAUUCCAGGUAUACAAAUCGCCAUAGAAAAGGUAGAGAACUCCACGCUGUAUCCCCAUAAGUUACAACUAGUGUAUGAUGAUUCCCAGUGUUCCGGUAAGACGGGUCUCGUGGCUGCCGUGGAUUUCUACAUAUAUGAGCGGCCACACGUCUUUUUGGGGCCAGCCUGUAACUUUGCCUGUGCACCGGUCGCGCGGCUGGCGUCCCAUUGGAACGUCCCGCAGCUAUCAGCGGGGGCACCUGCGCUGGGCUUUGAAGAUAAAGUCACCGAGUAUAACCUGUUAACACGGACAUUUGUCUCCUAUGGUAAGCUGGGAGAGUUUCUAGUAACCCUGUUCCGUCGUUAUGGGUGGAACGAUUCAGCAGUUAUCUACAAUGACGACGCUGAGGCCAAAAAAACACAUUACUUCAUGACAGACGGCAUCGCUACCAAGUUAGCCAAUGCCGGCAUCAAGGUCUACCCAAAGGCUAUUCUAGAAGAUCAAGGACCAAACUACGAGGCCAUUCUGACGGACGUGAGCAAGCACGCAAGAAUUGUGGUUCUGUGCGUGUCUGCCGACGCCGUUCGCAGCAUACUUCUCCAGGCGUACGACAUGGGCUUCACAUCGGGAGAGUACGCUUUCUUCGACGUCAACUUGUUCCCAAGCGACGAGAUAGGGUACGGCAACUGGACACGAGGGGACGGAAAGGAUGGCGACGCUAAGAAGGCUUACCAGGCCCUGAUGAUCAUCACCAUCCAAACGCUCAACAGUUCAGAUUAUAUCGCCUUUUCGGAUAGGGUGAAGAUGAUGGCUGAGAAGAACCAUAACUACACGUACGGGCCACAGUUGGUCAACCCUUUCGUGGGUGCCUUUCAUGACGCAGUGAUCCUGUACUCUCUCGCUCUGAACGAGACUCUCGCAAACGGCGAGGAUCCGCGGGACGGCACAGCAAUCACAGAGAGGAUGCGGAACCAAUCAUUUGAAGGGAUAUCUGGGAAAGUGAUUAUUGACGGCAAUGGUGACCGUGAAAACGACUUCUCACUGCUAGACAUGGUGGACCCAGAGACAGGCCGUUUUGAGAUCGUAGCCAACUACCACCAUGAUGUCCUCGGUAAUCAGCAGGAGUUUGAAGACGUACCCGGAGUUGCCAUCCACUGGCCGGGAGGGACUGUGCCUCUAGGGGAACCAUUCUGUGGCUUCUUGAACGACAACCCGGCCUGCCAGCCCGACGACCGACUCGGCACGCUUGCUGUAGUGGGGAUCUCUCUGUCUUGCCUCGUGGUGUUGGUGGCUAUUCUGUCACACUUUUCCUACAGUUACGGUCUCCUUCAGGGAUCAGUCUUAAGGUCGCCCAAUUCUCUCAAGUCGACUGACGGACAGCAUCAGAUAUUCACCAAAGUCGGCUACUAUAAGGGAAACUUCAUUGCAGUGAAGAUCGUCUCCCGGAAAAGAGUUGACCUUGGCCGCAAAACUCUUCUAGAACUGAAAUACAUGCGGGAUCUCCAGCACGACCACGUGACGAGGUUUGUCGGUGCCUGUAUCGACCCACCGAAUGUCUGUAUCCUGACGGAGUACUGCCCUAAGGGAAGUUUACAGGAUAUACUGGAGAAUGAUUCGAUCAAGCUGGAUUGGAUGUUCCGGUACUCUCUCAUGCACGACAUCACCAAGGGCAUGGCUUAUAUCCAUGACAGCGAAAUCCACUCGCACGGCUCCCUGAAGUCCUCUAACUGCGUGGUGGACAGCCGCUUUGUGCUCAAGGUCACCGACUUCGGUCUGCACUCUCUCCGGGAGGAAGACUCCACCAGGGACAGGGACACUCAUGCCUUUUACGCAAGUAAGCUGUGGACGGCGCCAGAGCUGUUGCGGUCAGACGUGCAGGUUCCCUGUGGAACACAGAGGGGAGACGUCUACAGCUUCGGCAUCAUCCUGCAGGAGAUCUGCGUCAGGAACGGCACUUUCUAUGUGGAGACUGAGGAUGAGGAUCUCAGUCCCAAAGAUAUCAUCAUGAAGUUGAAAAAGGAGUACUUCCGACCGACCAUCGCCGACAACAUCCCGGCGAACGUCCGGACCCUCAUGGAGAGGUGCUGGGCAGAGGACGCCGCGGAUAGACCGGAUUUCCACACCCUCAAACUAUACGUCAAAAGUCUCAACAGGGGAAAUGAAGGCACGAACAUACUGGACAACCUGCUGUCCCGGAUGGAGCAAUAUGCCAACAACCUGGAGGGGCUGGUCCAGGAGAGGACUGAUGCUUUCCUGAAUGAAAAGAAAAAAGCGGAGGAUCUUUUAUACCAGAUUCUGCCCAAGUCCGUGGCAGACCAGCUGAAGAGAGGAGAGCCCGUCUCAGCCGAGGCCUUCGACAGCGUUACAAUCUACUUCAGCGACAUCGUCGGCUUCACCUCACUCUCUGCCGAGAGCACACCUAUGGAGGUGGUGACUCUCCUGAACGACCUCUACACGUGCUUUGACGCGGUGAUCGACAAUUUUGAUGUCUACAAGGUUGAGACCAUUGGCGAUGCCUACAUGGGGGUUUCUGGUUUGCCCGUCCGGAACGGCACCUCCCAUGUUAAGGAAAUAGCCCGGAUGUCGCUAGCCUUGCUGCGGGAAGUUCGCACCUUCCGGGUUCGUCACAGGAAUAACUGCAGGAUGAAGCUACGGAUUGGCAUCCAUACUGGUCCGUGUGCGGCCGGGGUGGUGGGACUGAAGAUGCCCAGAUACUGCCUGUUUGGCGAUACCGUCAACACGGCCUCGCGGAUGGAAUCGUACGGAGAAGCCAUGAAAAUCCACGUGUCCGCUCCGUCUAAGAACCUGCUGGACUCCUUCGGCACCUUCCAGCUGGAGGAGCGCGGGGAGACGCAGAUAAAGGGCAAAGGCAUGAUGCGCACCUACUGGCUACAGGGAGAGAAGGACCCGCCCAAACCGAUAGGGGUCCUCAUUAACUGUUGAUGAAAGCAGCCGGACCUGAUGAUCGAUGGAGUACUUGAUCAUUCAUUAUCCAAGAAAAUCACCCCGACCUUCUCACAAAGGACUCAAGUGGAAACUUUAAGAGAUUCAUAUUUUGUGGGUUUAGAUGAAUGGUCUGUUGGAAGACAUAUGUACAUGUAUAGUAUACAUGCCUGAAGAAACUUUUUCAUAAAUUUUGCCAGAAACUGUAUUCAUCGUAAUGAUGGUAUCGACUGUCUAUCAUCGGGAUAGCAUAAUAACCGAAGAAUGUUUCGCACAGAUAAACAAGUUAUUUUAUCUAGUACAAAUCUCGAGGCAAUUGUUAUGAAUGAAUUACUGAGACUGGAAUGAAAAAGUUUCAAAACUGUCCAGUCCACAGCAGGAUUCAGAAAUGAUGCACCAUAAUGACUACCAUUAGAAUGUAGACAGUUGAACAGACUACCUGGGCGCUCUCUGAGUGGUAAAACCGGCUUCUCUGUGGGUCGGCCGAGGGACAGGUAAUAAUCAAGAUACAGAAGCUAAGUGUUUGCACGUAACUUAAACUGAAUAACAUCAAAGAAUUCACUCAUGUUAUCAGACAGAAUGACCAUACCACAUACACACAAACCUACGGAGGAUGAUGACAUCAGUGUGUAAGAUGACAUCCCCAGAAGCUUGAAUAAUGCAGUAACGUUAUUACCCGGGUUCAAUGACCGGAGAAUGAACAUUUUGAGUCCCCCAUUCAACAACACUGGCUGUGACCUAUAUUAGAUUGUGCAAUCGUUGACUUGAUAAUUGGAAUAUCAUUCUAAAUGUGAAAACAUGGCAUUGUAUGAAAAGCAAAAGAAAACACAAAUCGUUUUCAUCCAUCCCCAGGAGCUCUGUAAACUCUAGGUCGAAGUGAAGUCGCCAUCCUAGUGGGAGGAGUCUCUAUGAACUGUGUUUGCUGAGUAGCCUGACCACAGCACAACCACAACCACUAACGCUGACCUGCCCGGUCCUUCAUCCGAAGCUAAUAUAACAGUUACAGAAUCUCUAAGUCUGACGUCCAGACGACAGGGUGUUAAUGAUGUAAUAAACAGCAUUCUACUACAGGGGCGUUAUGCAUAGUAAUGAGAACACGUGUCACAGAUGACCGACGUUAUCAUUUUGGCGUAAUCAAGUCUUGAGAACACAGAUCAUCAUCAUCAUUAAUAUACAUUUUGUAUCAAUAUUGCAGCCAAUCGUUCGCCUAUCGCAGGUCCCGGUUGGAGAUGUUGGGGCCUGAUACGCAGUCCCGUGUAACGUGUCCCAUAGCCUGGGUACAGAUGACAUUCUGUUAAUUUGAUUAAUUUGCAAAUGAAUAAGAAAUCUCUAUGAAGAUCUUUUACAGGUAAUAUUGUAAAAUAUCAUACUCUACAUUAGCUGGAAAUAUAGGCAACUGAAAUUUGGUAUAUCCUGCUAAUCAGAGCAACGUCCUUGAUCAGAGAUACUGAGAAAUAUCAAAUAUUCUGGGAUGGGCAGAGUUUUUGAAAGAUGUUUUACGUAAUCUCAUGGCCGCAAGGCUAGGAAACUCUGCUUGGCUAAAACGCCGAAUUUACUGCGAAACGAAAUAUGUGUAUUUCUGAGGAUGCUAGUGGGUAUCUAUGUGUGAAAUAAAGAUACAUGUAUUACAACAUGACAUAGCAGUACUGCUGACUAUUGUCUCACGUACAUGUACACAUUGUC